CAUGACCUGCCAAUACGACAUUUAUCUGCUAGGGCGUGCAGGUUAUUCGGAUUAUCUGCGUCCCCUGGCGUGGAGUUCUGGAUCAUCGAUAAGACUUCCGAUUCCCCCCUUCCACUGCAAGCUGACACACCAAGCCCCAGGAGGUGCCUUGCCGACAGGUUUAUCUGAAGAGGAUCAAUGACAUUCUCGAUGACACAUAGUAUACGCCGAAGCGGUGCAGACUCAGACAUCAGCCAGGAGCUGAUUCCUCAACCAAGCACAUGACGCAAGUAUCUCGAUGCUGCACAUGCACACGUGUGCUAUGGCCUUUCCGCUCGAGCCGCCUCAUUGUACAUUCACGACAAGAACCAUAACCAUAUGGUCCAUCAUCUCCAGCUCCGUUCUCACUCUAUUCGCAUGCAUAUACAGUGCCAUCCACCCUAAUAUUCCGAGUCCCAAGGACAGCCCCCUUCUUAUGCUGUGGCGCCGACUUGGGGUCAUGAUAAUGGCGCUCAUCGCUCCUGAACUUAUCGUCACAUGGGCUAUGCGUCAAUGGUUCAGCGCUCACCGUCUUCUUGUGCUGAUGGGUGGUUUUAUGCUUUAUGUGGACGGGAAACCCUACCACACACUACAGCCUUACGAGGUCCUCAACCUGAUACGUGCCAAGUGUAUCGACCUCAUCACACGUGCCAUCUAUCACCUUGAAACCACCCAGCUCGAAACAGGGACGCUUGCUUUUGCGGUCCUCAAUUUCCUCACUUAUGCUGUGUGGUGGAACAAGCCUCUCGAUGUGCAAUGCCCAUAUCCAGUGUACUGGGAAGUCGACCGAGUUAAGGCCAGAGGAUCACAUUACUAA